AUGCAGGGAAACAAAAUAGAACUCGGAGAUUUUGAAAGCUUCGUUUUGCGGUGUUCAAAAGAAGAAAUAUGUGGCAAAAGACGUGAACUGCUAUUGCUAUUGGAUGGAGAUGUUUUCUAUCAUGUUAAAUGUUGGCCAACCGAAAUGGAAAGGAUUCUGUGGAAGAAGCCACUGUCAGAUGAGGAAACAUUUAAAUUAAUGUUAUUUUUGUUGGGUAAUGGAUGUGGACCUCAGCUUACUUGUGAGUGGAUCCUGACAUCGACUUACUGGGGUAGGCAGAAGACCAGAAAGAGAUGUGAUCAGAUGAAGUGGAUUUUUACCAAUAUCAAUAGAUAUGACGCACGUUUGUUCUAUUUUGACAUGUUCCAAAGAAGAAAUAUGUAGCAAAAGACGUGAACUGCUAUUGCUAUUGGAUGGAGAUGUUUUCUAUCAUGUUAAUGGUUGGCCAACCGAAAUGGAAAGGAUUCUGUGGAAGAAGCCACUGUCAGAUGAGGAAACAUUUAAAUUAAUGUUAUUUUUGUUGGGUAAUGGAUGUGGACCUCAGCUUACUUGUGAGUGGAUCCUGACAUCGACUUACUGGGAUAGGCAGAAGACCAGAAAGAGAUGUGAUCAGAUGAAGUGGAUUUUUACCAAUAUGGAUAGAUAUGCCGCACGUUGGUUCUAUUUUGACAUGUUCCACAAAAUACAUUUAUACGUGAAUGGCGAGGAGAGGAAAAUAAAAAAACUAAAAGCAUGA